UCCACUCCACGUGGGCAGCACACAUGGCAAUAUAGACAUGUAUAUUGCCUUGAAACUCUCACCCGUCCAUGUGGUUGUAUUGUGGCUUGGACUAAAUAUAUGGUGUCUGAAAGCCCAACCAAUAUUCUUCAUACACUUGAAGAAGUCUUUCCAGACCCAGACUCCCAGCCAUCAUACAUUGUGAUUGAUAAGGCAUGUAGAAUCCUGGCUACACUGAUGAGCCAAGGACAGCAUCACAGAUGGUUUCAAACAUCCUGUUUUCUGGUUGAUGCUUUCCAUUUCAGGAACCACCACAAUGACCCUACAUGCCAGAAAUAUUGCAAUCCAACCCCUCAAGUCAAAGAUGACCCAAAUUUGGUUCUUCCUAUUCAAGAUGGAAAUAGUCAACAAACUCGGUUUCAGCGUGCUUUCAAUACAGAGGCUGCAGAGCAGUUGAAUGCUUGGUUUGGAGGCUAUGCUUCACAGCUAAGUCAUAUGCAUCCAGCCAAUCAUGAUUUUCUUGUGCAUGUGAUGCUUUCAUAUCACUUUGAAGUUAAGGGUAACAUGUAA